AUGUUGAUUAUGUACGUAUUCGGAGCCGGAGUUCGGCUAACGGAGUAUAGCGCUUUUCCUGAUGUUCAACUAAGUGAAAGGGGUGGCAGUCUUUGUGUACUUUCGAUCAAUAGUCGAGGAAUUCAAGUAUUCGAGAAUGUUGACACAAUACGACCCAAAAAGAUUUCUUCUGACCAUCCAUUCUCCAUAGAACAGAGUUUCGGUUUCGUGUCAACAGCGCCGUUAGUAAGGGAUUAUGAUCUAACACAAUGGUCCAUAUCGCGUCGUUGCCAAUCGAUUUCUACGAAAGUCUCUGAGCACACUUUCGUGCGUGGCAUCUGGGAAACUACCAUCGCUCAACACUACGAUCGGCUGAAUAGGUUGAUAAGCGAAAGCUCUAUUGGAUCUAGUUUACUAUCGCUGAGUUCGCUACACUCUACAACCUCACUCAGUACGAUGCCGGCUGCAAAGGUAGGUGAUCGAUCACAUUCUAAUCGACCAACAUUCGCAGUUGACGAAGAAGACUGUACAGAAAGUAAAUGUUGGAAGAAAUGUCGGUUUAAUAAAGACCAAACAAAAUGA